UUUGAAUUAUACACAUUAAUAAUUAGGUGUUAAAAUUGUUUAGUAUUUUGUGCUUUUGUAAAUUAUGAUGAUAGAUGGGUAGAGGAAGGUAAAGAAUUUUCAGUUUUGAAACGUGAGAUUCGUUCGUCAUGGGUCGUUGGUGAAGGAAGGGUGUCCCAGGGGCCAGUGACGAGUAUUUAUUUCUCAUAAUCGUAUCUGAAAUUUUGUCGUUCGUUUUCACGCGAGGAGUCCGACACCUGCUAACAUUAAGAAGACCAUAUUUAUGUUAAAUUAAAAACAACAGUUACGUCAUCGACCAAUUAAAUUGAGAUCUUACUGUGGAAACGCAUGUUUUACCAAAGUCAGAUUUUUUAUGCACUUUAAAAUCAUUUGGUUGUGGGGGUGUCUCUGCUAGAUGGUUUGAAAUCUCUUGCACUCCAUUUAUUGAACGUAUAGUGUACUUGGACAAACACUGUCAAAUGGAAGGCAAUCAACUGGAUUUUGAAGACCCGUCUACAUCGUGCCUUGAAAAGUCUGACUCUACCAGCCAAAGUCCGACCAUGUGUCCUGUGAUAUUGGAGACAGCAGAACAAGAAUUGAUAGCAGAAGAAUCUGCUCCAACCACAGAUUCAGAUGAGAUUGGAGUAGCUAACAUUGAAAUGAAAAGUGUAUUUAAUCUUCAUUUAGUUGAUAGUACAUGUACUGACCAGGAUAUUUACUCCGAUGAGAGUCCUUUACCUGGUGACUGGGUUAAUGAUGAUUGGACGGAUAAUCCUAGUGAACAAGAGGAUGCUUCUAAUGCUAAUGGCGUUAUGCGAAAAAGAAAAAUAUCAAAUUCCACAAUAACGUCUGAAGAUUUUCCGUCCAAAAAACAAUAUUAUGAUCAAAACAAUUUGAAUCUUGAAAGACUGACGCCUAAAUUGGCUGAAAAUGAAUUAGAUAAAAUUGAUAAAAUAAAGAUACGGCGAAGUUGUAUACCGUCCAAAGAUGAUCCUCCUGAAGAAAUGAUGGAAUGGCUAAAAACUUUUUCGAAAUGGUCGAACGCAGAAAGAAUGUUAGCUAUAGAUAUGUUGGUAGAUGAAUGUGAACCUACUCAAGUUCGUCAUAUGUUACAGCUUAUUGAACCCCAGUUCCAACGAGACUUUAUUUCUCUACUUCCUAAAGAAUUGGCCUUAUAUGUAUUGUCAUAUUUGGAACCCAAAGACUUGUUAAAAGCAGCUCAAACAUGUCAUAGUUGGCGGUUUUUAUCUGAAGACAACUUACUAUGGCGUGAAAAGUGCCAAAACGCUAGUAUACCUUUGACGGAUCCGUCUACUAUUAAGUGUUCAAAAAAUCGCAGUGUUACCUCACCAUGGAAGUCUUCAUACAUGAGACACCAUGCAAUUGAAAUGAAUUGGAGAGUAAAACCAAUAAGAAUGCCAAUAAUACUCAAAGGCCAUGAUGAUCAUGUUAUUACAUGCUUACAAUUUUGUGGAAAUCAGGUUGUUAGUGGUUCUGAUGACAAUACACUUAAAGUUUGGUCAGUUCUAACUGGAAAAUGUUUGCGUACAUUGGUUGGACAUACUGGUGGUGUAUGGUCAUCACAAAUGGCUGGUAAUGUAAUAAUUAGCGGUUCCACUGAUCGCACUUUAAAAGUUUGGAACGCAGAAACUGGUCAAUGUACACAUACAUUGUAUGGUCACACUUCAACAGUUCGCUGUAUGCAUUUACACGAAAAUAAAGUUGUAAGUGGUUCAAGAGAUGCAUCACUCAGGCUGUGGGAUAUUAAAACUGGUCAGUGCUUGUCUAUAUUCCUUGGUCAUCAAGCUGCUGUACGUUGUGUCCAAUAUGAUGGGCGAUUAAUAGUUAGUGGUGCUUAUGACUACCUAGUCAAAGUAUGGGAUGCAGAAAGUGAAAUUUGUUUGCAUACAUUAUCUGGUCACACUAAUCGUGUAUAUUCCUUACAAUUUGAUAGUACUCAUGUUGUAAGUGGAUCUUUAGAUACUAGCAUAAGAGUGUGGGAUGUAGAGACUGGUACAUGUAAGCACACUUUAAUGGGACAUCAAUCGUUAACAUCUGGCAUGGAGCUAAGAGAUAAUAUCUUAGUGUCUGGAAAUGCAGAUUCUACAGUUAAAGUGUGGGAUAUACUUACUGGGCAAUGCCUACAGACUUUGUCGGGUUCAAAUAAACAUAAUUCUGCUGUUACGUGUUUACAAUUCAACACUAGAUUUGUGGUUACUUCUUCUGAUGAUGGAACUGUAAAAUUGUGGGAUGUGAAAACUGGUGAAUUUAUUAGAAAUCUAAUUGCACUAGAAAGUGGUGGUAGUGGUGGAGUUGUAUGGCGAAUACGCGCAAAUGAAACAAAGUUAGUAUGUGCAGUAGGCAGCCGCAACGGCACCGAAGAAACCAAAUUAUUUGUAUUGGAUUUUGACGCUGACUACAAGUAACAUCCAACAAAAAAUCUGGUAGUUUGCAUCACAUUUUUUUUGUGGUUUAAGGAGAGUUACGAAUAUUUGGGACUGUUAUACUUAAGUUUAAGGAUGUCCCUUAUAUAUUAUCAGUUAUCACAUUUUACCGUUAUCAUAAUGUUUCAGUAUUAUGUUUUUUUUUAUUAUUAUUUAUAAAGGAGGGGAAUUAUAGUGGUUUCUGGAUGAUCUAGAAAGAUUUAUAGUGUUUUUUGUGAUUUAUAUCACAAUAUAAUGAAGUUAUAGAUUAAUUUGUAUAUUAUUUUCUAGUCUUUAAAGCUAUAAUAAUCAUAGUUUGAUAUUCUGUGAGCCGAAUAAAUUAGUUAUUCUUUUUUAUUAUUCCCAGUAUACUGUUUAAUAUGUUAUUUGGGAAAUAAUUGAGAUAUAAAUUAUUAAAUAUUUUAAAAAUAGGUAGUGUAAAUUUAUAAUAAAACUAACUUGGAUACUUUAUACAUUUAUUAAUUACAAAACUUCCAAUAAAAAGGUUUUAGUUUUUAAGUUAAGUUCUUUCUAUCUUGUUAGGAAACAAAUGAAGAUGUUAACCUAUCACAAAUUUGUUUAUUAGAAGUUUUAACAAAAAACAUUUCAAAAGUUCAAAGAUUUAUUUCCUUGCAGAAUGAUUUUAAGAUUUUGUUCAUUAUUAUUAUUAUUAUUAUUAUUAUUAUUAUAAAUUUUGUUAUUGAUAAAAAGUAUUGGUAUUUUUUAACUUGCCAUAAGUGUUAAGUUGUAAGGAGGAGGAGAGUUUGAAUUUCAAAUUCUGAUUUUCUUGAUGUAUUUUUCUAUUUUCUUCUUCCUGAUCUCAUAAAGAAAAAACAUUAAAACAAUUAAUUAUAAUCUAUUCUAGGUAAACAUUUUCUAAACAUUUAUUUAUUUAUAUUAUUUUCGUUUUUAUUAUGUUCUUCAAAAUUUAAUUGUCCGGCUAUGAUAAUAGAGCUCUAAUUAAUUAUUUCAUAAUGUAUUUUUGGAUGAUUUUACUUACAAAUUAAAUACAGAGUGAUUCCCAAAGCAUGAUAUUCAUACCCCAGAAUUUAAAAGACAUAUUAUUCAAUGAAAAAAUUGGAAUGAGCAUGCUUAGUAAAUUUCCUUGUAUAUAAGUAGAUAAAUUACUUCUUUUUGGGAAAAUAUUUUAUUUUGGCCCAUGUUUCAGAGUCAGCAUUCACCAAUGAUAUAUAUUUAAUAUAAUCAUACCUGUUAUAUUCAAAAACAAUAGUAAAAUUUAAAAUGUCAUAUUUGCUUUUGGGUAUUUGAAAGUGAAUGGUGUUUGAAUUGGUGAGUUUUGAUAUUUUGGUAUCAAAACAAAAAACUUGUUUGUGAAGAUUGACUGUAUGAUUUAUUUUACUUAUUACAAGCUGUAGUAUGGACUAAGGAUACCAAACAAUAGUUACCAAUUCAAUUGUUGAACUGAUAAAUACAAAUAGUUUUAUACCUGCAACCCUAUUAUUCU